AUGCUGCCGUACCUGUUCCCCGAUCUGUCCACCUUUACUACAGUAGACCCUCCUCCCGUCGCUGAGCCUGUCGAGUUCACAGGUGACUCAGGUGCUGCUGCGGGUGGUGCUGCUGGGGGUGCUAAGCCUGGGGGUGCUGAGCCUGGGGGUGCUGGGCCUGGGGGUGCUGGGGCUGCAGGUGCUGGGACUGAGGGUGCUGGAGCUGAGGGUACGGUGCCUGAGAGUACGGAGCCUGGGGGUGCUGAGCCUGGGGGUGCUGAGCCUGCGGGUGCGGGGCCUGGGAGUGCUGGGACUACGGGUGCUGGAGCUGAGGGUACUGUGCCUGAGAGUUUGCCGCCUGGGGGUGCUGAGCCUGGGGGUGCUGCGACUGGGGGUGCUGAGCCUGCGGGUACUGAGCCUGCGGGUACUGAGCCUGGGGGUGCUGCUACUGAGCCUACGGAGCCUCGGGUUACUGCGUCUGGGGGUGCUCCGGUUCGGGGUGCUGAGCAGUCUCUCACACCGCAGCAGCUUCGUGACUGGUACGUCCGGCGCUUUCGCCGUCCUAGUGGCUCGGCUGGAGUUGGGGGUGCUGGGGCUGCUCGUCCUGGGGGUGCUCGUACUGGGGGUACUGGAGCUGCCGGGACUGGUUGUUCUGGGAGCACUGCGACUGGAGCUGCUGGAGCUGGGGACUCUGGCGCUGGCGGUGCUAGCGGAGUUGGAGCUGCCGACUCUGGGGGUGGCGCUGCUGCUGGUGCUGCGGACCCGCCUGGUGGAGCUGCUGCUGGAGCUGAGGACCCGAGCGGUGGCGCUGCUGCUGGUGCUGGGGACCCGGACGUUGGAGCUCCUGCUGGUCCUGAGGACCCGGCCGCUGGAGUCUCUUCUGCUUCUGGAGACGCUGCGCGGCCGCGACCGUACUUCGUACCGCUCCUUCAGCAGGUUCUUGGGCAGGCUCCUCCUCCUUGUCCUCCUCCCUCCGUAGAGUGUCCUCCGCCUGUCCAGCCGCAGUCACAGUUACCGCCUGCCUCGCCUCUCCCUGCUCCCUCUCCUUACGCUGGUCCCACAGGAGGUCUUACAGAGCGUCGUGAGCCUGAGUCUCGUCCUGUGUCGCCUGUUCGUCCUGCUCGCACUGGUAGUCGUGUCCGUCGUGAGCGUCCUCCUCCUGUCCCAGGCACUCACUACAUGACUCUGCGUCCCUCUACUGCUCCUCGGCGUGUCCCUCUACCGUCUCCUCCUGCGUCCUCUUUGCCUGCCGUUCCGGACCCUGAGUCUGACCGGUAUCGCGCUGAGCACCCUACAGUCACGCGUCUCCUCGCUACUGUUGUCACUGACCCUACCUUUGAGUCCUCGGCUGCGUCUGCUCUGGUCGCUGAGUUGGUUGACUUUGCUGCUGCCUGUCGUCUAGACUACGCUGCUAGCCUUGUUGCUGAGUCAGAGUCUGCGUCUGUCUGUCCUCCGUCCGUCGGGGGUGAGUGUGCUCUUGGCACGGACGUCCUUGAGGACAGGCAGGAGGACUUUGACUCUCUUGCGGCUGCUGUACCUCAUCUCGUGGCCUGGUUGCUUGCCCCUGAGGGAGACCCGGAUGCACUAGACAUCCCCACUCCGCGCACUUACGCAGAGGCGAUCUCGGGUCCCUACUCCUCUCAGUGGCAGACAGCCAUGGACGCAGAGAUGGCAUCCUGGAAGUCCACAGGCACCUACGUCGACGACGUUCCCCCUCCUGGGGCGAACAUCGUCGAUGGCAUGUGGAUUUUCAGGGUGAAGCGGCCGCCAGGUUCUCCGCCUGUCUUCAAGGCUCGUUACGUUGCUAGAGGCUUCAGUCAGCGUCAGGGGGUCGACUUCUUCCAGACCUUCUCCCCCACCCCGAAGAUGACCACUCUUCGGGUUCUGCUGCACGUUGCUGCUCAGCGUGACUACGAGCUUCACUCUCUUGACUUCAGCACAGCGUUCCUGCAGGGCAGCUUGCACGAGGAGAUCUGGCUGCGCCGCCCACCUGGCUUUACUGGGUCGUUUCCCCCUGGUACCCAGUGGAGUCUCCGCCGGCCAGUCUACGGUCUCCGCCGGCCAGUCUACGGUCUCCGCCAGGCGCCACGUGAGUGGCACGACACACUGAGGACUACGCUUGCGGCUCUUGGGUUCGCGCCGUCUACUGCUGACCCGUCGCUGUUUCUGCGCACAGACACGUCGCUGCCACCGUUCUACAUUCUCGUGUACGUCGACGACUUGGUCUUUGCUACUUCUGACACUGAGGCACUCGCUCGUGUGAAGUCGGAGCUGCAGAAGAGACACACCUGCACUGACCUGGGUGAACUGCGUAGCUACCUUGGCUUGCAGAUCACCCGGGACAGAGCUCGCCGCACCAUCACCCUGACUCAGUCACACAUGGUGCAGCAGGUCCUUCAGCGCUUCGGCUUCCAGUUCUCCUCACCACAGGCCACACCUCUGGCUACCAGCCACUCGCUCUCAGCUCCACCUUCGGACGAGUCCGUAGAGCCGAGUGGCCCGUACCCAGAGCUUGUAGGCUGCCUCAUGUACCUGAUGACUUGCACGCGACCUGACCUCGCGUACCCUCUUAGCAUCCUUGCUCGUUACGUUGCGCCUGGGAGACACAGGCGAGAGCACUGGGAGGCUGCUAAGAGGGUGCUGCGUUACCUGUGCAGUACAUCAGGCAUGGGGCUGGUGCUUGGAGGACGUGACAGAGUUGUCCUCACUGGUCACUCGGACGCUUCUUGGGUGGACGACCUGGCUACGCAGCGGUCGUCACAGGGUUACACCUUCAGCCUUGGCUCUGGUUCUGUCUCGUGGCGGUCCACCCGCUCUUCCUCUGUUCUCGGCUCUAGUUGUGAGGCUGAGAUCUACGCCACAGCCAUGGCUGCACAGGAGUUACGCUGGCUCACCUACCUGCUGACUGACUUGGGAGAGCGGCCUAGUUCUCCUCCAGUUCUGUACGGUGACAACAAGGCGGCUCUUGCCUUGUGUCAGGAGCACAGACUGGAGCACAGGACGAAGCACAUUGCUCUUCGCUACUUUCUUGCUCGAGAGCUUCAGCAGCGCGGUCAGCUUCGGCUUGUGUACGUGGACUCGAAGGCCAACACUGCUGAUAUCUUCACCAAGGCGCUCCCGCCUAGUGAUCAUCAGCGGCACUGUACUUCUUUAGGCCUUGUGUCCACGUUUCCUCACUUGCUCACUGCUUGA